UUUAGACCUGAGCAUGCAGAAUUCCGAGGGUGGAGCGGAUUCGUCAGCAUCCGUGGCUCUGCGUCCCUCGGCGGCAGCCCCUCCUGUGCCAGCCUCCCCACAGAGGGUGUUGGUCCAGGCAGCCAGCUCCGCUCCCAAAGGGGCCCAGAUGCAGCCGAUCUCCCUCCCCAGAGUUCAGCAGGUACCCCAGCAGGUGCAGCCAGCGCAGCACGUGUAUCCUGCCCAGGUGCAGUACGUGGAAGGGGGAGACGCCGUCUACACGAAUGGAGCCAUACGAACGGCCUACACCUACAACCCCGAGCCUCAGAUGUACGCCCCCAGCAGCGCAGCUUCUUACUUCGAGGCCCCAGGCGGUGCCCAGGUGACCGUGGCAGCCUCGUCCCCGCCAGCGGUCCCCUCCCACAGCAUGGUGGGCAUCACCAUGGAUGUCGGGGGGAGCCCCAUCGUCUCCAGCACGGGAGCCUAUCUCAUCCAUGGGGGGAUGGACAGCACCAGACACUCCCUGGCCCACACCUCCCGGUCAUCGCCAGCCACGCUUGAAAUGGCGAUUGAAAACCUCCAAAAAAGCGAAGGAAUCACAUCACACAAAAGCGGUUUACUCAACAGCCAUCUCCAGUGGCUGUUGGAUAAUUAUGAAACUGCGGAAGGGGUGAGUCUCCCCAGAAGUUCUCUUUACAACCACUACCUUCGGCACUGCCAGGAGCACAAGCUGGACCCGGUGAACGCCGCCUCCUUCGGGAAACUGAUCCGUUCUGUGUUUAUGGGGCUGAGGACACGGCGGCUGGGCACCAGGGGCAACUCGAAGUACCAUUACUACGGGAUUCGUCUGAAGCCAGACUCUCCGCUGAACCGGCUGCAGGAGGACACGCAGUACAUGGCCAUGCGGCAGCAGCCCAUGCAUCAGAAGCCCAGGUACCGGCCAGCCCAGAAGACGGACAGCCUUGGGGACAGCGGCUCCCACAGCAGCCUCCACAGCACCCCAGAACAGACCAUGGCCGCGCAGAGCCAGCACCACCAGCAGUACAUUGAUGUCUCCCACGUCUUCCCCGAGUUCCCAGCGCCCGACCUGGGCAGCGUCCUGCUGCAGGACGGCGUCACACUGCACGACGUCAAGGCCCUGCAGCUGGUGUACAGACGGCACUGCGAGGCGACCGUGGAUGUGGUGAUGAACCUCCAGUUUCACUACAUCGAGAAGCUGUGGUUCUCCUUCUGGAACUCCAAGGCCUCCUCCAGCGACGGCCCCACCUCUCUUCCUGCCAGUGACGAAGACCCCGAGGGCGCCGUCCUGCCCAAGGACAAGCUCAUCUCCCUGUGUCAAUGCGACCCCAUCCUCAGGUGGAUGAGGAGCUGCGACCACAUCCUCUACCAGGCGCUGGUGGAGAUUCUCAUCCCCGACGUGCUGAGGCCGGUCCCCAGUAAGACUUGCGGGGGUGGGGAGAGAGUGAUGGGCACAGAGCGCAGCGGAACAGGCUCUUCCCCGCGAACCCUGCUCACCACGAGCCCUGGCUUACAGGUGGGCGUCGUCAGUGCCUUUGCCCAGACGCUGCGGCGCUACACGUCCCUCAACCACCUGGCGCAGGCGGCCCGGGCGGUGCUGCAGAACACGUCCCAGAUCAACCAGAUGCUCAGCGACCUCAACCGCGUGGACUUUGCCAACGUGCAGGAGCAGGCCUCGUGGGUGUGCCAGUGUGAGGAGAGUGUGGUGCAGCGGCUGGAGCAGGAUUUCAAGCUGACCCUGCAGCAGCAGAGCUCCCUGGACCAGUGGGCCAGCUGGCUGGACAGCGUGGUCACCCAGGUCCUGAAGCAGCAUGCCGGCAGCCCCAGCUUCCCCAAGGCCGCCCGGCAGUUCCUGCUGAAAUGGUCCUUUUACAGCUCCAUGGUGAUCCGGGACCUGACCCUGCGCAGCGCUGCCAGCUUCGGCUCCUUCCACCUCAUCCGCCUGCUCUACGACGAGUACAUGUUCUACCUGGUGGAGCACCGCGUCGCGGAGGCCACCGGAGAGACGCCGAUCGCUGUGAUGGGAGAGUUCAACGAUCUCGCCUCUCUGUCGCUGACGCUGCUUGACAAAGACGACAUGGGUGAUGAGCAGCGCGGCAGCGAGGCGGGCCCGGAUGCCCACAGCCUGGGCGAGCCCCUGGUGAAGCGGGAGCGCAGUGAUCCCAACCACUCCCUGCAGGGCAUCUAGCAGCCCCGGCCGGCUCCUCCGCCAGGUUCCAGAAGAUGCCGCCCGGUCGCUCUGGGAACCUGGACUUCACCGGCUCCACCAAAUUAGUGCCUCUUAGACGAUGGAUGUUUACUUUGACUCAAGCGGGGGCUCCCGGGGUCAGCGUGCCCUUGAAGGCCGAGAGAGUGUUCAAGAAGGAAAGCAGUCGUUGAAGCUACAGAAGCCUGGGCCGGGGCUCCCACUGACUGUAGCUGUGCUCUGGGUGCCAGGCCCCUGUACAGCCACUAGGGCCACACCAGACCAUGGGUUCUUUGUUCUGGACAAACCUUCCUCUGCUGGAACUCCGGACUUUGGCCCCAGUCCCUUUAAGAGCUGAAGGGGCUGUGCUGAGAGCGCUGGCCCCUACACUCAACUGGAACCAAUUUUCACCAUGAUUUAAAAAUUUAAAAACCUGGCAGAGCCCGAAUAGAAAGGGACGGCCUCUCCCCUCCUACCUGCCACCACUGGGGAGACACAGAGCUCGCCAGCAUCCCUGGAGUCCCCUCAGGAAUGGAAAGUGGAGUGCCCUUGUCUGGUAG